CUCUCGUAAAUAAGCAAACCCAGAGCAGGGUAAUCCGUAAUUUUAUAUCCUUGUAUAAUUUCCUUUCCUAUAUAUAGGUGAUAGGUGAUAGUUGAUGCAUCCCACAAAUAUAAUUUAGAUCAAGAUUGAAUAUGGCGAGUGAAAUGAAAGAUGCAGGGGAUAAGUAUAGGUCUUUCUUGCAUGAUGAAGCCAAAAAUAUAGAGUGGAGACACGGUGGCCCUCCCAUUUACGACGACGUCAACAAGCUUUUUGAGGAAGGCCGCACCAAGGAAUGGCCGAAAGGGUCAGUGGAAGAGGUGGUUCAGAAUGCAGUCAAGUCAUGGGAGAUGGAGCUGUCCCACAAAACUAACAUACAAGAUUUCAAGACUAUAAAUCCAGAUAAAUUCAAGCUCAUUGUUAAUGGAAGAGAGGGACUAUCUGCUGAAGAAACGCUGAAGCUGGGAAGCUACAACGCGUUGUUGAAGAGCUCAAUGCCGGAGGAGUUGAAAUACUACAAAGCCGAAGAAGAGAGCUUCGAAUCGUCGCACGACGCAUUCCGGGCGGCGCUUCCGCGCGGGUUUGCGUGGGAGGUGGUGGCGGUUUAUUCAGGGCCGCCGCUCAUCGCCUUUAAGUUUAGGCACUGGGGUUACUUUGAAGGGCCCUUCAAAGGCCAUGCUCCCACCGGAGAGAUGCUGCAGUUCUACGGAAUUGGAAUUCUCAAAGUGGAUGAUUCCUUGAGGGCUGAAGAUGUGGAGAUAUACUACGACCCAGCUGAGCUUUUUGGUGGACUACUCAAGCAACCGUCUCUUUCUAUCUCCGAUCAACCUCAAAGUUGCCCAUUUCAUCACCACAAGUCUACGUAAUUAGACCUUUUUAUGCCAUCUAAAUAAACUACUCCCUUCGUCACUCAAAAGUUUGUUCCAAGGGAAACGACACGGGUUCUUAUAAAAGUUGAUAAAAAGUUAUUUGAUGUUAGGGUCAUGUACAAAAAUAAUGUUUAAAGGGUUGUAAUUGUAAAGUUGAUGGUGGGAUCAUGUACAAAAAUAAAAAGUAAGGAGAUUAGGGCAAACUUUUUGGGGACACCUCAAAAAGAAAAUUGGGGCAAACAUUUUGGGGACAGAAGAAGUAUUAUCUUUUUGUAUUUUGCAUUUCUCUUGGAUUUAGCAGUCAUAGUGUAAUUUGCUAUUCAUACCAAGUUGAACCAUUGGAUGUGUGUAUUACUUGCUAUUUUGUGGUUUGUAUAAACAAAAUUUAAGUUGA